AUGAGUAAAAAAUUCAAGUCGCAGGCCUCGAGCAGUCGUGCGGCUGCCGGUGGCUUCGGCGCUUUCGGUGGUUCAUUUGGGGGAUUUUCAUCAAUAUCGUCUUCGCAUUCCCAUGCACCGUCUUCCCUGUCGUAUGUUGCAGAGCCUCCGGAUCUGUCCAAGAUCUCAGAGCCGCAGCUGGUCGUUGCGUUCAAGAAUCUCUUGAAGAAAGAUGAUAUUACAAAAACAAAGGCAUUGGAAGAUAUCAGAGACUAUAUCUUGAAACUCGAAGAUCGUAGUGAUAGUCUGGAAGAUGGUGUGCUGGAAGCUUGGACAAGGGUCUAUCCACGUACUUCGAUAGAGAAUUCUCGGAGGGUGCGACAGCUUACACACACCAUCCAAGGCCUCCUUGCAUCUUUGGCGGGGAAACGAAUUGUUCGUCACCUGUCCAAGGUGGUUGGUGCUUGGCUUGCCGGCCUCUACGACAAUGACCGGCCAGUUUCUCGAUCUGUUGUAGAAUCUCUCACGCGGGUUUUUGCAACUGAAGAGAAACGAAGCAACCUGUGGAAGGUUUACCAAGGCCCAAUUCUGGAGUUUGUGGACGAUGUUAUUCUCCACCAGACGGCUUUAACUCUGAGUGAUGAAAGGGUAGUCAAGCCUGACGACGCCGAGGCCAAGUUCGCACGAGUUUCAGCCACAGCAAUUCUGCUAUUCAAUCGGAUUCUCAGCACCGCGUCGCCGCAAGAAUUAGAUAAAGACUCGCCAUUGAUCCAUACUCUACUUAGCAGCAAGUCUCUUUGGGCGUUCGCGCACCAUGAGGAUCCUUUUGUGCGUCGCGCUAUCUAUAACCUUCUUCGAUCCUCUCUAGCGAAGGGUUUCGACGCAAUAGACUGGAAGAUCAUAAGCGGUGCGUUUAUCGGAAAGUCUCUGUCGACACCUCAACUCGGAUCCGCGUCAGAAUUUUCCGAAACGCUUCUACAGUUGACGCAGGCUAGACCGCAAAUAUGGACGACAGAUUAUGCUGGGAAGUCGCCUGCAGUAAAGCGUCUCAAUCAAUAUAUUCAAAGAGGAUCCCAAGGGGCUGCAGAAUCGUAUUGGCCAAAUCUUGUGCAAUUAUUACAGGCAGUUCCGUUGGAGGUUCUUGCUAAAUUUGGCACAAAAGGAGAUGAAGAAGUACAGUUUGGUUAUUCACAAGCAUCGUCUCUUAUGGACGCCUUUCUGGACGGGCUAUCUUCGCGAGACGAACCUCGACACAACCUAAAAACAGGUUGGAGAUCAUACAUCGACACAGGGAUAUGGCUUGCGACCCUUUUAGAUGAAGGUGACAAGGUGAAAUUUGUUCAAGGACAGAUCACGCCAAUAUUUGAACAGUAUAUCAGUGGGACGCAGGGCGAAUCCCGGUGGACGCUCCCACCCCAAUCAGCUGAAGAGAUAUGCGCGGGUGGUUUUGUUAGACUGGCUGAACAUGGCCACGAAGUCACAUUGAGGUCGCUGUGGACUCAUGUUACUGAGGAUCUGCUGAAAGCAGUCAAGAUCUCCUCACCUGAGCAAUCAAAGGACUUCAAGCCAUCGCAGGACGCAGUGUGUGCGAAGGCAAACCGCUUCUUCAGCCUAGAAGCCGCUGUCCUUGCUCUGGCCUCUCAGUCAACAACUGGGUCUCGCAUAUUGAGUACUUUUCAAGAAGCAAGUCUGCCGUUGUUGGAGGGCUCCCUUCAAUCAUUACAUACGCGAAAUGGCAAACCUUAUGGCGCAGCAGCCAUGAUUGAAGAAGCUAUUCGCAACGUUCCAGAAAUCGUGAAGAGCUCACAGCCUUUAGUCAGUUCUCUUAAGGAAAAAAUCCCGGCCCUUUUAUUUACUCCCUCUGCUGAUAGGAUUAUGUCUAUUAUUCUGCUAUGUCGGAGGUGGGAUGGCUUCGAUUCGGUGUUCCAGGAGUCUUUAGAGCGGAUGACUGAAACAGAACUGGACGAGUCGAAUAUGCCGGCUCUUCAAAAAUUGCUCUCCAUGAUUGACUUGAAGGAAAUACAAGACCGCCCCCGUCUCGAUUCCAUCGUGAUGCGAAGUCUGGACAAAGCUCUCAGGGGAAAGAGAAACGAGUGGCCCCUGUUGUAUGCAGUGGUCGAAAACAACACAUUGCCUGACUCACUAUUGGAUCGCAUCGUCCUAUCCAUAGUGGAUGCCUUGUCUUCAGAAGAUAAUGUGACAGAAGCCCUAUUUGGCCUUUCGCAGAUCGCAACCCGGAGUCCGGCUACACUCCGACGCUUCAGGAAAGAAGUUCACGGCUCGAAGUUGCUAGCCAGGCUUCUUUAUCUCACGGAGUCACCGGAUGAUGAAAUUGCUCAAGGCGCAGAAGCUUUAGAAAAGAAACUCAAAGAUACAGUGUCUGGCGAUGUCGGCGCUGAAUCGAACAUAGAUAUUCUCAAACAUAGUUUCCGCGAAGUCGGCCCAGAAUCACUCUCGGUCGAUUCCUUGGUCAAUAUUGCAGAAGAAUUGUUCCGAACUGCCAAACCAGAAGAACAGCAUGAGUUAGCGAAAAAUAUCCUACCAAGUCGGCAAUCAUGGAAAGAUUCUUUGGAACCGUUCUUAGGCCUGCCUCCACGACCCUCGACCGCUAUCACCAGCCCUCUUGGUGGGAUCGUCUACCUCAUUGACCAUAACCUGUCCGAUUCUUUUUGGCAGAAACUAGAAGGUGUAUCACGAGAUUCUGACCGUUGUUCAUCUGCUUUCCGACUGGCGUCUUAUGUGGCAAAGGUUCUUUCUCUUCCCAAUGUGAUGGAGUCACUAGGCGCGGAAGAGAGAGAGACCUUGUUCUACUACUUCCCUCUGGCAAUCCAGUUGAUUGAUGACGAUCUUAGCAUCGAAGGGUGUACCGGCAUAACCGGUUUGGAGGACUCAGAAGACCGGGAGGAAUACAUGGAGAUCGUCAAUCGAGGCCGUUCUAUCAUCAGUAGUUGGAUCCACUCUGACGCACGUCUCAACUCUGAAGAUAGAAACUCUAUCUCAGAAGCAUUGUUUAAUUUCUGGGAACGUAGCCUCGAAUCCCUGGAGGAUACGUCUCCCGAGAGUUAUAGAGUUGGAGAAGCCUUUGCGAAGAUCAUGUCAGAGGCUGAGACGCGCAAGUCAACCAAGUCUAUGGAUUCGUGGGUGGAACUGUUGAAGGAAAUAAGAAAAAUCAAUGUUGUUCGCGCCGCGGCUACACUCCUCGUUUGGAGGCAUUCGAUCAUGUCCAAUCCUGCUGGGACAAGGCUCUGCAAUGAAUUGGUUGCCGAUGUUACAGGAAUCAACCCACAGAAAGAUCCCAUUGAAGGGUUGCAAAAAUUGUCUCUCCUUAAUAUCCUGAUUCAAGGAGAGGAAAAUGUCGUGGAGUCUAUUCCCACUCAGCGACUAGUUUUCCUUGUGAAGCACCUUAUCCAGUGCUUGCAGUCAGGUGUUGAAUCCAUAAACAUCAAAGCAGAGACCUUCAAAGUCCUGACAGUUGUCCUUCGGCUUCUGAGCGAAAUUUAUGGUUCACAUUGGGCUGAUACGAUUGAGAUCUUGAACACCACCUGGAAAGAGACGAGCGGCGGCGAUGAAGCUCUGCCUGCACUGCACGGAUCCUUCAGGCUCUUUGCGUCCUUAAAGUCUAUGGCAAACGGUGAAGGAAACGAUGACCUGGAGGAUGCAUGGGCAGAGUCCAAAGCUGAACUGAUUAAGAACCUUGUUUCAACCCUUCAUAAGCUAGGUAUGUUAACAGCCCCCCUCAAGGUAUGGAGGUGGAGUGGAAGACUAACGGUUUCUAUUGCAGAUUUUUCAAGUUCCUUCCAUCAACCUCGGGACAUGACGGUAGAUCUACUACGUCGUCAACUAAGUACGGUUCCCGUUGACAGCCUGCCAGGAGUCAGUGAUCUAUUUCCACUCCUGGCGGCCAAGAGCCGUGGAAUCCAGCGAGCCGCGUACGAGGUUCUCCAUCGAUUUAUUCCACCGGCCCAACAACAAGUAUCUUUUGAUGUGGCAUUGUCUAAAACCACCGUGAACCUUCCUGAUGAGCUGCUGUCUUUGUUACUGGAAGCUCCGACAAUGGAGUCACUAAUCGCGUCAUCUGGUGACGAUAAAGUGUGGAUUGGCGUGCGAUCCUAUCUCUUGAGCUGGAAGAUAGUGUUUGAUCACUUUCCGAACGCUUCGCUACCGGUCCAAGAAAGCUACUUGUCGAAUAUCAAGGAACAUGGUUCAUUAAAUCCUCUUCUUGACUUCAUUUUCGACUUUCUGCAAAAAUCCCAUGGGAAACUCUUGGAUGCGUCCAAAUUCAACAUUCGCUCAUUUGAACCCGACGAAUCCGAAUCAGCCGAGAAGGAGACCCAGUGGCUUCUUGUGCAUCUGUACUUCCUGUCUUUGAAAUAUCUCGCCAACCUCACCAAGACUUGGUGGAUCGACAGUAAAAAGCGCAUCAAGGGACCUGUGGAAUCAUGGACGGAGAAAUAUAUAUCACCUCUGGUUAUCGAAGAUGCCUUGACGAGUGUAUCUGAGUGGAUCACGACGCAAGACCCCGACGAAGAGCGUCAGCUCUCAGUCAAAGUCUCCGUCAAGGCGGCCGAACUGGUUGCCAGCAUCCCCGUCGACGAGGAAUCUCCUCCGGUAGCGAUGGCCGUCAACCUUCCACCAGCAUAUCCGCUGCAGCCUGCUCUGGUUACCGGCCGGAGUCGGGUUCUCGUAGACGAGAAAAAGUGGCGGAGCUGGAUGUUGACUAUCCAAGGAGUGAUAAUGUUCUCGAACGGCAACCUGGUGGAUGGUCUGCUGGCGUUCAGGAAGAACGUGCAAGGCGCGCUGAAGGGACAGAGCGAAUGCGCCAUCUGUUAUUCGGUCAUCUCGACCGACAUGCAGACCCCGAACAAAAGAUGCGCGACUUGCAAGAACACCUUCCAUUCCGUCUGUCUGUUCCGGUGGUUUAAGAGCAGCAACCAGAGCACAUGUCCUCUGUGUAGGAAUAACUUCGUGUAUGUUUAG